AUGUCAGCAGUGAUAUUCUUCGUCAUGAAUAUGCUUGGGGAAAUGACAACAUUCUUGCCCUUGCCAGGAAAUGGAGCACAGGCAUUUGUUAACGAUUAUUUCGACGACUCUUUGGGAUUUGCAAUUGGAUACAAUUAUUGGUAUGCCUUCUCGAUGUUGAUUGCUUCUGAAGUCACGGCUGCUGCAAUUGUCAUUCAAUAUUGGAACACUACUGUUAACAUUGCUGUCUGGAUUACCAUAUUCUUGGCAAUUAUUGUGAUCCUCAAUAUGAGCUCGGUAAAAUACUUUGGGGAAGCUGAAUUUUAUUUUGCUUCGUUAAAGUUAAUUGCCAUUACAGGGCUCAUUAUCUUGGGGGUUGUAUUAUUUUUCGGGGGUGGACCUAACCAUGACAGAUUGGGUUUUAGAUAUUGGCAACAUGGUGGUGCAUUCAAACAGCAUUUAACAACAGGAGAUACCGGAAGAUUCUUGAGUGUAUGGACAGCAAUCAUUAAAUCUGGUUUUGCAUUUAUCUGUUCUCCAGAAUUGGUUUCUAUUGCUGGUGGUGAAUGCCAAAAACCAAGAAGAAAUAUUCCAAAAGCCUGUAACAGGUUUAUUUACAGAUUGUGUUUCUUCUACAUUUUUGGUACCUUGGUUAUCGGUGUUAUUGUCAAUUCCAACAAUAAGAGACUUUUAAGUGGUGGUAGCGAUGCAUCAGCUUCCCCAUUUGUUAUUGGUAUUCAAAAUGCCGGAAUACCAGUUUUAAACCAUAUAAUAAAUGCUGUGAUCUUGACUUCUGCUGCUUCUGCCGGAAAUUCUUUCUGUUACUCGGCUUCAAGAUCCUUGUAUUCCAUGGCAGUCAAAGGAUUAGCUCCAAGUUGCUUUGCAAAGGUCAAUAAAUUAGGUGUUCCUUACUACUGUGUUUUAAUUUCCUCAGCAGUAGGUUGUCUUGCUUACCUCAAUUGCUCUUCAUCCUCUUCCAGUGUUUUCACCUGGUUCUCAAAUAUUGCUACUAUUUCUGGUUUUAUCAGUUGGAUCGCCGUUGGAAUGGCUUAUUUGAGAUGGAGAAAAGCUAUAGAAUUCCACAACUUACAAGAUAGAGUUACUUACAGGACCAUUUUACAACCAUAUGGUGCCUACUUUGUGAUUAUUUUUAUCGGUCUCGUUACUUUGACUAACGGAUAUGCUGUUUUCUUUGAUUUCAAUGGUGCCGAUUUUGUUGCCGCAUAUAUCACCUUCCCAAUAGUGAUAUUCUUGUACUUUGGACAUAAAAUAUAUAACAUUACGGUGAAUGGAGUCACAAGAUGGAUCAGACCUUUGGAGGAAGUCGAUUUGCUCACUGGUUUGGAUUUGAUCGAAGAAGAAGACAACAAUACUCCAGACAGAGUACCAAAAAAUGUUGCGGAAAAGAUCUGGUACUGGGUCGCAUAA